AGUUGGCCGUAGUGAGAGGGACCGAUCCCUUGGGGCCGCCGGCGGCGAGAGCCCGAGCCGCUCCUCCCAAUGGCGAAGAAGACGUACGACCUGCUUUUCAAGCUGCUCCUGAUCGGGGAUUCCGGAGUGGGGAAGACCUGCGUCCUUUUUCGUUUUUCGGAUGAUGCCUUCAAUACUACCUUUAUUUCCACCAUAGGAAUAGACUUCAAGAUCAAAACAGUUGAAUUACAAGGAAAGAAGAUCAAGCUACAGAUAUGGGAUACAGCAGGCCAGGAGCGAUUUCACACCAUCACAACCUCCUACUACAGAGGCGCGAUGGGUAUCAUGCUAGUAUAUGACAUCACCAAUGGUAAAAGUUUUGAAAACAUCAGCAAAUGGCUUAGAAACAUAGAUGAGCAUGCCAAUGAAGAUGUGGAAAGAAUGUUACUAGGAAACAAGUGUGAUAUGGACGACAAAAGAGUUGUACCUAAAGGAAAAGGAGAACAGAUUGCAAGGGAGCAUGGUAUUAGGUUUUUUGAGACUAGUGCAAAAGCAAAUAUAAACAUCGAAAAGGCGUUCCUCACGUUAGCUGAAGAUAUCCUUCGAAAGACCCCUGUAAAAGAGCCCAACAGUGAAAAUGUAGAUAUCAGCAGUGGAGGAGGCGUGACAGGCUGGAAGAGCAAAUGCUGCUGAGCAUUCUCCUGUUCCAUCAGCUGCCAUCCACUACCCCGUUUUCUCUUCUUGCUGCAAAAUAAACCACUCUGUCCAUUUUUAACUCUAAACAGAUAUUUUUGUUUCUCAUCUUAACUAUCCAAGCCACCUAUUUUAUUUGUUCUUUCAUCUGUGACUGCUUGCUGACUUUAUCAUAAUUUUCUUCAAACAAAAAAAUGUAUAGAAAAAUCAUGUCUGUGACUUCAUUUUUAAAUGUACUUGCUCAGCUCAACUGCAUUUCAGUUGUAUUAUAGUCCAGUUCUUAUCAACAUUAAAACCUAUAGCAAUCAUUUCAAAUCUAUUCUGCAAAUUGUAUAAGAAUAAAGUUAGAAUUAACAAUUUUAUUUUGUACAACAGUGGAAUUUUCUGUCAUGGAUAAUGUGCUUGAGUCCCUAUAAUCUAUAGACAUGUGAUAGCAAAAGAAACAAACAAAAGCCAGGAAAACACUCAUUUUCGCCUUGAAUAUGUAAAUGGGAUUAAUUUUGUCCUGUGCCUUAUGUGGAAAGGAACUUCUUUGGUUUUCCUUUUUUGUUCUGGUGGAAGCAUGUGCAGGAGACAUAUCAUCCAAACAUAAACCAUUAAAAUGUUUGUGGUUUGCUUGGCUGUAAUUUUCGAAGUAGUUAAUUGAGGACAAAGGGUAAUGCAGAAGUGAUAGCUUUGGUUUGCUGAGUCUUGUUUUAAGUGGCCUUGAUAUUUAAAACUAUUCCUGCCACCAUUUCUUCUCCUUGGCCACUUCUUCCUUGCGUCUCCCUGCAUGCUGCUUUAUUUGCUUCUCCCUCCCCAACCACCUCAUGGUAUAUUUAAGAGUGAAAGGGACAAACUAGUAGGUUUGUCAAGUUUAAUAUAAAGCACUGAUGUAACUUGCUAGGUAAACGGAAAGAUAAGUUCUAACUGCCUACUAUCCAAUGUCAGUUAAUUGGUGUCUUCCCCCCUCAUUUGCUCUCUUCCCUAAAAUGUGUCCCAGAUGCCUUCAUUUGCUGUUUUAUUUCUAUGUUCUGCUUUUCCUCCUCUCUUUGUUCCCUUCCU